CGUCCACACACGCAGCUGCUCAAAGGUUUUAACACGAUGUCCGCGUCGUGGACAACAUAGAUACAGUCUCAAGCCUGAAGAUGAUGAUGCUGGUCACGUGACGCGCCUCUGCUGAAGGUGCGGGUAAAGGUAAAGGUGACACACCGCGAAGAGCGCGACACUUCACACUCUCCAGCCGACUGCAACACGACGACACACAAUAAUGUCUAUUAGCCGGAAAAACUGGUCUGCUUUGUCAACGCUGGCUCGACAGUGGACUGUGGAGGAUGAGGAAGAGGUGGAGAGAGAGAGGAGGAGGAAGAUAAGGGAGUCUACAGCAGACACGGAUGAAAGUCCCACUGAAGAGACCAAACCACAAACCAGUAGUGUUGGCGGUCCUGCUGAUGCUGGCGACUCUGGUGGGGACUCCGGUGGCGGUCUGGCCCAGCUGCAGCUGGACUUUGUGGAGAUGCUUCGAGUCCGUGACGAACGGCGCAGGAUGAGGCACGUUGAAACCCUGAGGAAGAGUAAGGAGGAAGAUGAUGGAUGCAGAGAGAGCGGCCCGGAUAAGGAGCCCCGUGUGGAGCUGCUGGGGGAACAGCAGGACGAGGAACUCUUCGAGAGCGUGCAGCGCUGCGUGGAGACCUUCAUGUCUCCAGAUCCUCCCUCCAACCCCACAGACUCAGAGACACAGGAGAAGCAAAAAAAUGGAGGCACGAACCAAGAUUCAAAGGCAUCCCGAAAGUUUGUGAGCUCUCUCUCCGUCUCCUUUGAUAAGAGUCCCACAUCACCCUCAGCCACCAGCAGACUGGUUUCUCCUCUGAGCCCCAAGUCUCCGCCCCCUCAGUCUCCGAGGGCGGAGUCACCUCACAGCCCCGCCCACUCUGGCUCGAUGAGCCCCACACCGAACGGAGACACAGAGACACAUGAAAAUGGGUCACCGAGUAAUUUCGAACCAACUGUGAAACCUGCGUUCACACGGCAGAGCUCCAGAACGAUGUCCUUCAGGAUGAUGAAGAAGAAGGAGGAAGAAGACAUGCCGUUACAGAGAAGUGCAAGUGUGCGGAUUGCAGCGAAGAGCUUCGAAUCCAGUAAGAGCUCCAGCCAGGAGGAGGAGCAGCAGAGCCUGUUUCAGAGAAACUCCCGCCAGAGGCUGUCAUCCCACGCCAUUCAGGAGAAAAUGGAACGACUGGCUCAAGCCUCACAGAAAUGGGAAAUCUCCAAAUCCCCAGCGGUCCACAAGACGGUGUGUUUAGCGGACGAGGUGCAGAGGAAGAGGGAGCUGUUUGAGAAGGAGCAGGAGGGAUCCGACAGAAGCCACAUGUUCUCCAGACAGGAAUUCCGCAGCUUUUCUUCGGGGAUCUCUGAUCGAAUUAAUCGCUGGGUUCAGAAAAAACCAUUUCCUGAGUCAUCAUCCUCCUCAUCUCCAUCUUCAGCAUCAUCCCAUAGUCCUUUGGAUCUGAGACACGUGAACAUCUCCAUUAAGAAGAGUUUGUUCGAAAGAGGACAAGACCAGGAGGACCACAAGUGACACUCUCAAAGUAACACAGUGAUUGUAGAUAAUGUGUGCAUGUUCAUUUGAACAAAUCACUGCAUUCAGUUGUUUUGUUCCUGCAUUACAGCUCUAAUGAGAUUCAUUUCGUAACGUAUCUCUGCAGUUUCUGAAGAUUUUGAAGGAAGCGCGAUCGACUCUUUCAGACGCUCCACGGACUGUCUCUAAACUCCCUCUCCUUCUGCUUCUUUACGUUGGCUGAUUCCUCAGCACUUUUAAGGCCUAGGACUGAUCGACGUUAUUCGGGUAUAUUCAAGGCUUACGUUAUUGGUUGUGAAUGUGUGUAUUAAUGGAUUGAGGAGUGUAGCAGGACUGUAUCAUGGGGUCUUUACACAGAAACUGAACAUCCCGGGGUUUAUCAGACAUACAGCUUCUCUGUGUCGGUGCCAGACACUCCUCUGCCAUGUAGCGUGAUAUCUGUGCUGUUGAUAAGUAAGUUAUUCAGAGAAAGAGACAUAAUCUGUGACCUCAUCUGUAACUCAUAACAGUCCGAGGUACAACUGUAAUAUCAUGAAUGUCUGUUUCAGUGAAGCGACUGGAAGUAAGCUUGAUAAUUCAUUUGUUAUGUGCUGAAGCUCUCAUAUAUUCUCACUGCUGCUGUUUCAACUUGCCGGAGACUUGAGUCAUGAAAAGGAAAUGUCAUUUAGAUGUAAUCUUAGUAGUGAAAUGUGUCCUAUCAAGCCCUUUGAAAACUGACUCCAAUCCAUUCCAACUCAAUCAAAGCCAAUUUUGUUCUGUUUUUUUGCUGAACGAGCUGUCAUGUAAUUAUCUUUUGCCCUGAAGGGUUAUGCUGUUGACAAAUACAAUUUUUAUACCAGUGGA